AAAUAUUUUUCGAAGUGAAAGUCAAGUAUGUCAUCAAAAAAGAAAGUAUUAAUGGUGUGUUUAGGAAAUAGUUGUCGUUCUCCUAUAGCAGAAGCAAUAUUUUAUGAUGAAAUAAAAAAAUUAAAUCUUCUUAAUUCUUGGGAAGUAGAUAGUGCUGCACUUUUGAAAUAUCAUGUAGGUAACAAUCCAGAACCCAGAGCUAUGUCUACACUUAAGAAAAGAGGCAUUGUAUAUUAUACUCACACUGCAAGACAGAUAACAAAGGAAGAUUUUUACAAAUUUAACUGGAUAUUUGGAAUGGAUAAUGGAAUAGUUUAUAAUCUAUUACAAAUGCAACCAGAAGAUAGUCAAGCAAAAAUUGAGCUCCUUGGAAAAUAUGAUCCAAAUGGAGAGCUAAACAUACAAGAUCCAUUAUUUGAUAAUGAUAGUGUUGGGUUUGAAAAAGCAUUUGAACAAGCUGCAAGAAGCAUAAAAAUAUUUCUAAAUCAACAUAUAUAAUUUAUAAUGUUAUAUUUACAUACUAAUUUAAUAAAUAAUAUAUUUUUUUAUUUUGUUUUGAAAUAGUAAGAAAUAAUUUAUUUUAUAUAAUCUAUAAAUAUAUAACAAAUAAUUAUGAUUGUUAUUAUUAUAUAAAUUAAAAUAGUCC